CUUUUAAAAUAAUAUAAAACUUUUACCUUCAUCUAAUAAAUAAUAUUAACAUUUCAAUUUGCAAUUUUAAAAAAAAUAAAAUAGAUUUUUGCUUUUAUUUAUUAUUUUUACAAAAUAUUUCCCUCUUGCCUUUUUUUUUACUUAAUAAAAGGUAGCAUGCCUAUAUUGAACAAAGAAAUAGAUCCGAACUUCGAAAAUGCAAACGGGAUCGUGUUUACCUCAAUUGAUUCUCACGAGAAAAGCUACGAUUUAACAAAGCUAGACUCCAUUACUAAUAGCGACUCAUGCCAUUAUAGCAAUACGAAUAUUAGCAUCCUCGACGUUCCAAAUUUAGAUAAACUCUCAAAAAAUUAUUCCCAAAAUGGGGGUAUACCAGAAGAAGACAGACUCAGAUACAAUAGCCCAGAAGAUAGACAGGUCAAAAGAGAAAUAUUUGAUAACCAUGUUAGGAUUAAGCGGAGAGAAUCUUUGACCAAAGAUGAUUUAUCCGACGUAUUCAAGAAAUUGUUGCUAACGCUCGGAGAAGAUCCCAACAGAGACGGACUUUUAAAGACACCAGAAAGGGCGGCUAAAGCAUACACCUAUUUUACUCAAGGGUAUGAUCAAGAGUUGAAAGAAAUCUUGAAUGGUGCAGUUUUCGAAGAAGAUCACGAUGAAAUGGUGAUUGUAAGAGAUAUCGAACUAUUUUCAUUAUGUGAACAUCAUUUGGUACCAUUCAUUGGAAAAGUAUCAAUUGGUUAUUUGCCUAAUAAGAAAAUUCUGGGAAUAAGCAAAUUAGCGAGAAUCGUUGAAAUAUUUAGUCGCAGACUUCAAAUUCAAGAAAGAUUGACAAAACAAAUAGCAUUAGCAGUUACAGAAGCGGUAAAUCCCAAUGGUGUAGGCGUCGUUAUUGAAGCUAGUCACAUGUGUAUGGUAAUGAGAGGAGUUCAAAAAUACAAUAGUAAAACCAUAACAAGUGCAAUGCUGGGUGAAUUUAGAAAAGACCCAAAGACGAGAGAAGAAUUUUUGCAACUCAUCCGAAACUAAUAUAUAUUCGAAAUUCUUAAAUAUAUUAACAAAAUUGCGAUAACAAAAAAAACAAUGUAUCAAUUUUUUGAAUUAUUUAUUUUUGAAAUACAAGUAUUUAUUCUUUGUACAUUCGCAAUAAUAUAUUAUCAUUUUUUAACGUAAAAAAUAAUAUUUAUUGUAUAAAGAUUGUCU